AUGUCUGGUGAGGAUGAAGAGUGCCCUGGGCAGCCUGUUUGGCACUCUGUACUCCUCUUCUGCUGUAAAGGCAUGAUUGAAGGCAUCAUCGUCCUCCUCUUCAUCUGGCUCCUGGUGCAGGUGCUUUUCACCAAACACCUGGAAGUGCACCUGCAGAUUCUGCUGGGAGUGGGCUUGGCAGUUUUCUGCUUCUCACUGAUCCUGGGCUGUUUCCUCUGCUGUCGACAUAUGAAACAACAAUCCCCUGAGGACAAAGAAGCUGCAUCAUCACAGGCUCCGCCCACAGCAGCCGAUGAUCAUGUGACCCACGCUCAGAGCCCCACGCCAUCGUCAGGGAUGACAUCCGUGAGGGUACAGUAUGAGGAGCUGGAGGGCGAGGUGCUGGAAUACCCAUCCGCUGUUGGCAGCUCUUCUUCGUCCGAUGAUGACUUUGUGACCUCCAGAAGGCGAUCGCGGGCUGCCUCGGAACUCAACGAGCAGUACAAGUCCUCCUUCUUCCCCCUGCGUCGUCUCAGCUCUCCUUCCCUCUCCUCGUCCUUGUACCGGCCCAUGACCCGCGGUCGCUCUUCUCUCCCUUCCCUACCCAAACUCAGCCUCCUCUCCAAAACCCGGAAGGUUCUGGAGCAUUACUGCACAGUGACAGGGGACAGUUUUCUAUACAGUGAGCGCUGCAGACUAACUAGUCAAAGUCCUGGGUCUCCAGGCACACCCUCUGCCCUUCAGAGCCAAUGCCUCCUCCUAGAAGAGGCCUCACUCCCAAAUUACGGCUCUAACUCCCUUUGUGAGUUGACAGCUCCCUCUCUGAACUUCUCCCUCAUCUUCUCGCCAGCACGGCAGUCUCUCACCAUCUCCUUGCUCAGUCUGACAGGCACUUUGCAGAGGCUGGUCGGGGUAUCUGUGCUGGCUCAGUUGCCUCCAGUGCGCCCUGACGCUGUGGAGAUGUCUGCAAGGCACUGCAGCCUCGGCCCACAGCUGCAGGGACAUAGUCUGGUACUGGACGUGGGCUGCUUGGAGGAGCUCCAGAGCUGUGUGCUCAGACUGACCGUGUUCAGCCUGAACGCACUUGGUCACAGGGCCUCCUCACUGGGGGAACUGGAAAUUCCCUGCAGGGACAUGGUUUGGGAACCAGAACUGCCCAUCACCUGCACCCGGGAACUCAGACAGCCUGUGGACUAUGUUGAAAAUAGUGUGUUCUGUGAGGGGGUGGAGGCUCUAGGAAAGAUACUCAUUCAGUUGCAGUACCAGGCCCUGAUUCAUCGGCUCAAAGUCACAGUCACGGAUCUCCCGUUUUUCACAGUUCUGAUCCGCUCUGACCCGCAGGUCUCAGUCAGGGACACCUACUCUCCACUAGCAGGGUUCUGGGUCAUGUUCUCAUUGGCCAGGAGUAUCCAGGUGAUGGGCAAACUCACUGGAGGACCAUGUGCAGCAGGGGCCAAGAUGAGACAGCACAGUGGCAUACCAUUCAACCUGGCCCUGUGA